AGGAAGGACAAGGAGGUGGAAAAGUGCAGGGUGGAAAGAGAGGGAGUGAGGGAGAGAGGAGAGAGAGAGAAAGAAGGAGGGUAAGAGAGAGAGCUGGAUAUAUGACAGAGGAGGGAGUGACAGAGGGGACAAGAGAGGUGAGGGAGAGGAGAGGGAGGAGGGUGAGGGACAGGGAGGGGGAGAGGUGCAUGAGCCGUCACCACCCCUGACCAGUGAGCUGGUGGUUGUUAAGGACAGCGGGGACCCCAGCAGAAGAUGACGGCACCACAGCAGAUGACCAGCAACUCACGGACGGGAGCUGAGCUCAAAACGUGACGGGCACAGGCCACCGCCUCUAUCAACUGCUCACCGCUGUUGGGACGGGGAGAUCCGCAGCCCCUGGUCAGUGUACCGGCCGGCGUGUGUGGAGAUGAAGCCCCGGUGGGAUUGGCUGCUGCCUCUGUGCCUGUGGCUGGCUCUACUGCCUCUCAGCAAGGCUGAGAAGGUUUACCACAGCCGGGACCACUCUGACAUCCAGGAGAGAGCGUGGACCAGGGCCCGGCCUGUCCUCACCGUCAGGUCUGCCCAGGAGUACCUGGACAAGUACGGCUGGACAGAGCCAGUGAACUGGGAGGACCUGGCCUACCAAGGGGUGUCGGCGCCAGUGUACAGUGCCCUGGAGAUCCCCAGGCCCGCGCUCAACGGCCACCACAGCCGCAGGAACCUCCCAGAGCCGGAGGAUGAGCAGCAGAUGCCGGCUGAGUACACCAGCGCCCUGCUCAGGUUCCAGAGGGCCAAUGGGCUGCCCACUUCCGGGCUCCUCGAUCAGGCCACCAUGGAGGCCAUGAACAUGCCCCGCUGCGGAGUGCCAGACCACAAGGCCCACGAUGAUGGCAUGCACAUCCUGAACGCCACCCGCUACAGACCACCCAUUGACUCCAACGUCACCUCCACCAACACCAUCAGCCCACCGAGCCGCAGCAAUGCCCCCCAUUACAGGACCCGGCGCCAUGUCCCGGCUCGACCCACCAAAACCGCCCAACACAGCCUCCAGUCCACUAGAACCUGCCAAAACCAGCCCCACCAAUCACAGAACAGUGGUCUGGAACAGCUCAACCAAUGGGUGGCCAGCAGCUUGGGCAAUCUAAGCCAAUCAGAGAAAAGCAUGCGAAGACGAACUAACCAAUCAGAGAACGAAGAUCAGGGUGGGCUCAACCAACAGUUGACCAGCAGACAAGUAAAGCAGUCCAAGAACAGCAACAAAGGUUGGCUUAAUCAAUGGUUGACCAACAGUCGAGUUCAACUAAUCCAAUCAGAACAUAGCAUGCAAAACCAAUCCAACCAAUCGGUGACCACCAGCCAAGAACAAGUCAACCAAUCAGGGAGCUCUGGCCGAAGCCAAACCAACCAAUCGAGGGUGGGCAGUCGAGGUGUCGGGACAAGAUGGCUGGCCAGAGGGGAAGAAGCAGAGCCGGACCCUGGGGCCGGGAGGCGCACAAUGCGCUGGCUGGUGGAACAGAUGCGGAGGAGGCGGGCAGCCUCAGACCUCAUGGACAACACCUUCCCCCAGCUGGCCUUCACCAAGUCCCGGCUGAGGUGGCGCAUCCUGGACGAGGGUUACAGCUCACAACUGACCAUCGAUGACCAGAAAAUGAUCCUGCGUCUCGCUUUCCGCAUGUGGAGCGAGGUCACACCACUGAUCUUCAUCGAGGACCUCACCUCGCCGGCCUCCGAGAUCGACAUCAAGCUGGGAUUCGGCACGAAGAGGCACUUGGGCUGCUCGCAGGUGUUUGAUGGGACAGGGCAGGAGUACGCUCACGCCUGGCGCCUGGGGGACGUGCACUUCGACGACGAUGAGCAUUUUGUCAAACCGUCGAGCAACGAGGGGAUCAGCCUUCUGACGGUGGCUGUUCAUGAGAUCGGACACGUACUAGGACUGCCCCACAUCCAACGGGCUGGCUCUAUCAUGCACCCGAACUACAUCCCACACGACUCCAAGGAACUGGAGCUGGACUGGUUUGACCGGAAGGCUAUCCAACAGAUCUACGGAGUGUGUGAGGGCAGCUUCAACACCGUGUUCGACUGGGUACGGCGAGAGGAGAAUACCUUCGGCGAGGUCACCUACCGCUUUAACACCUACUUCAUGCGUCGCAACUGGUACUGGAUGUACGAGAACCGGUUCAACCGGACACGUUACGGAGACCCUAUCCCGCUGGUGGUGGGGUGGCGGGGCCUCCCGGCCGCCAACAUCGACGGCUUUGCCCACAUCUGGACUUGGAACAAGGAUAUCACCCUGUUCUUCAAAGGAACCAUGUACUGGCAGUAUGACAACGACAGUGACCGUGCGUACAGUGAGGAUCCAGAGGGCAACCGUUACCCCCGGCCCAUCUCACAGGGCUUCCCCGGAGUGCAGGCACCCAUCGACACCGUCUUCUUCGACAAGAGGGACCACUGUCUCUACUUCUUCAGGGGCUUUAACGUGACAGCAUUCAGUGUGCAGCUGAAUGCCACGAUGCCCGAGUUCCCCAAGAGGAUCAUCGACGUCUUCCCAGCCAUCGUCGAGGGCGACCACCCUCUGGGGCAGCUGGACGCGGCCUAUUACUCCUACACAUACGCCGCCACCUUCCUCUUCAAGGGCACAGCGUACUGGAGGGUGGUGAACGAGGAGGACCGCGAGAGCAACGCCUCGCUGCCUCUCAAUGGCCUCCUGCCCCACCACCGCGUCACUGACCGCUGGUUCGACAUUUGCGAGGUGGACGGCUCAUGGGCUCCUGGACGGCCAUAGAACUGAUGGGGGGGAUUGGGACCGCACAGUGAUCCUCCUCACCAUCUCCACACCCCCCAACGCGCGCACGCACACACACACACACCAACAAUGCAGACGCACCCACAGAUCCCCGCGCUCUCCCCGCUCACUUCACUUCUGAUCUUCUGGCCCUCACCCUGUCUCACUCAGCACCUCCAGUGUAGCCCACAUUCAACCGACCACCACAGCCUCAGCAAAGGGCACAGGCUGGAGAGUCAGGGGCUUCACUCACAGUGCGGUGCCAUCUAGUUCUCCAAACUUGAGGGAGCUUCACUCUGUGUCUGACCCCGGGAGUGUGUGAUGGGACAGUGUAGAGGGAGCUUCACUCUGUGUCUGACCCUGGGAGUGUGUGAUGGGACAGUGUGGAGGGAGCUUCACUCUGUGUCUGACCCCGGGAG